AUGCGGUCUUUGAGGCGAAACGACAGAUUUCUGAUGGCCAUAGCUUGCCUCUUCUUGGCUGGGAAAAUCAAGGAGAGCCCUCGACCACUCCAUAAGAUUAUUGAAGUGGCCUACACAUUAAGGGCGAAGACAGACACCAAGCGACUAGAAAAAAUGAAGGAUCAGGCUUUCAUGGACCAGAUCCACGAGCAUGUGGUUCGAGCAGAGCGCGUCCUGCUGUGCACAUUAGGGUUCGACUUUGAUGUGCAACUGUCCUACCAGCGGUCUCUGGACAUCCUGAAGCGGUUGAAUCUGUUGGAGCGGAAGGAGGAAGGGGAUCAGAGCAUGUCGCAGCUGACUGUCAACUUCCUGAACGACUGUUUGCGGACAACAAUGUGUUUGCAGUACACUGCGGAGAGUAUCGCUGCUGCUGCAGUGUCGCUUGCAGCAUAUGUCCGCAACGUUGAAGUGGAUCAUGGGGAGAUCUGGAAAUAUGCACAGAAGGAGCUUGCUGAAGAAAUACUCGGUGAGAUGUUCUCCCUAUACGAGGCGGCCCUCAUGGCACAACAAGUGUGGCCUAAAUGA